AAAAAACUAUGGAUGUCUAUAGGAGAGAGAUCAUGUACUAUCAGCAGGCCAUCAUGAAGCCCAGAGUGAAAUCUUCUGUCUCUCUCGGAGCGCUCGUGAAGUACUCUGAGCAGUUCCUUUCCAAUGAUCCUGUCCUGUCUGGAUGUCUCCCCAGCAACCCCUGGAUAACAGAUGACCCUGAGUUCUGGGAUCUCAAUGCAAAACUAGUGGAAAUCCCCACCAGAAUGCGUGUGGAGCGAUGGGCCUUCAAUUUCAGUGAGCUGAUACGGGACCCGAAAGGACGGCAGAGCUUCCAGCUCUUCCUGAGGAAGGAGUUCAGCGGAGAGAAUCUGAGUUUCUGGGAAGCCUGUGAGGAUCUCAAGUAUGGAGACCAAUCCAAGGUCAAAGAAAAAGCAGAAGAGAUUUACAAGCUCUUCCUGGCUCCAGGAGCAAGGCGCUGGAUUAACAUUGAUGGCACCACAAUGGGCAUCACGGUCAGAGGCCUCAAGCACCCUCAUCGUUAUGUUUUAGAUGCUGCUCAGACCCACAUUUACAUGCUGAUGAAAAAGGACUCCUAUGGCCGCUAUUUAAAGUCUCCAACAUACAAGGAAAUGCUGGCCAAGGCUGUUGUGCCACGAGAGGGUUCCAGAAGCUCUUCUUUGCCAUUUGGACGCCGUCGCCUCCGCUCCAGCCCCAGCCCCGUCAUCCUGAGGAAGCUGGAAGAAGAGGCCAAAGCCAGAGAAGCUGCUGCAACCGUGGACAUCACGCAGGUCAUGAGCAAGCUGGAUCGCAGGAGCCAGCUCAAGAAGGAACCUCCCAAGUAG